UUGAUGUCUGAGUCUGGACACGCCAUGUGUUGGCUAGAGUUAUGUUGGUUGUUCUGGUUGCUGCACGCUGCCGAUGGACAAAGGAUUAUUGGUGGCCAGGAGACAGGCAUCAGUCAGGUGCCGUAUUUGGUGUAUAUGCGGCAAGGCGGCAGCUUUAUCUGUGGUGGUUCCCUGCUCACGCCUAGCUUUGUGCUAAGUGCUGCACAUUGUGUCUAUGGCGCCAGGGAGCAAGAUUACACUGUACAUGCGGGCGCCAGUCGACUGGCGCAAAAGGCACCCGUGAUCCGUAAUAUUGCUCGAUUUCACAUUGCUUCAACCUACUCCCCUAGCAACUUCGAUAUGGAUGUGGCUAUGCUGCAGCUGGAGCUGCCUGUGCCGCUCACAGCUGGUCAAGUGGCCACGAUUACACCCUGCCAAUCAGCAGCGGUAGCUAAUAACUACGUUCGGAUUAGCGGCUGGGGUGUGGAAUAUGAGAGCAGUCGCAAGCCAGCGGCCCAGGUGCGCACAGCUGUCAUCCGUGUACUUCCCUAUGUAGAGUGCCAACAGGCUUACGCUGGCCAGGCACAGCUCACUGAUUCCAUGAUUUGUGCCGGUGUGCGUGGCAUAAAGGACUCCUGCUCCGGCGACUCGGGUGGUCCAUUGGUCUAUCGCGGUGAGGUCUGCGGCAUUGUUUCCUGGGGAUUCGGUUGUGGGCGCGCUGCCUAUCCGGGCGUCUACACCAAUGUGGCCAGCACGCGUGUAAAACGUUUUAUAGAUCAAACACUGAGAAAGCUUACGUCUGUUCUUGCUGAGAAACCAAUGCGACUGCUGUCGCUGCGGCUGCCACUGCCACUGCCACUGCUGUUCCUGCUCCUGCCCAUGUUCCUGCUUCGGAUAGCCACUGGCAAGGCCGCCAAUGAUGUUGGCGCACGCAUUGUGGGCGGCAUACCGGUGGAUAUAAGGAGUGUGCCCUACCUGAUCAAUCUGCGCAUUUCCGGCAAUUUCAUUUGUGGCGGCGCUUUGGUUACGCCCACUCAUGUGGUGACGGCAGCACACUGUGUAAAAGGCGUGUCUGCGAGCAGGCUACAAGUGGUGGGCGGUGCGACACUGUUGACGGAUGCAACAGGUGUGCGAAGGAGCGUGGCCAAAGUUUUUACACCCAAAGCCUUUAAUACACGCACCCUGCACUCGGAUGUGGCUGUGCUAAAGCUGAAAUCACCGCUGGAAGGCAACAACAUUGCGACCAUUCCAUUAUGCAACUCCAGCUGGCAACCAGGUGAACUGAUAAAGGUCUCCGGCUGGGGUAAAACGACCGAGGGCAGUAAACGAGUCUCCCAGCACGUCCGCAGCGUGGACGUGCCACUAGUCUCACGGAAGAGCUGCAUCAGCCAAUACAAAAUGCGAGGCACCAUCAGCUCAACCAUGUUCUGCGCCUCACUGCCGGGCAUUAAGGAUGCCUGUGAAGGCGACUCUGGUGGCCCGGCAGUCUAUCAGAAUCAACUGUGUGGCAUUGUCUCUUGGGGCAUGGGCUGUGGCAGACGCAACUAUCCUGGCGUUUAUACAAGUGUCAAAAGUGUUAGGAGUUUUAUCGACAAGGCUUUAAGCAAAUAGGCUAACCAAAAAAAUUAAACUAAACAAUAAAUGUGAAUGAUCAAACGAA